ACGCCAAUUCGUACUGCACAGCUGAAACUGUGCAAAUUCCAGUCCACAGUUUGCCAGAAUACCACUUGAUUUGUGUGAGCAGUAGUCACAAGCGGGAUCAAUGUGCCCUCCUUCAGGAUAAUUAAGUCUCCACAUUUUGCCGAGUACAUUAUGUUAGUCUGUGAAGCGUAUUGCUUUCUCUCCGCGCUGAUAAUCAGCUCCAGUAUUCACGAGUCCGCUGGUGCUCAAAACAGUCUGUCGCCAAAACUUCCACACUCAGUAAACCGUGCAUCUGAAGCGGAAGUUGUGAGACUACUCGAUGAAAAUGUGGAGUCCGAGGAUGGCGAGACUCCAGACUUACAGCCCCAAAUGCCCAACGUCUGCCGUGACUCCAAUCCUCGACCAAGAACGGUUCAUCAGAAAUACAAAACUCCUUAUAUCAAGCUCACAAAGAUGUGGGAGCCAAACUGUGGCUAUCCAGGAAACUGGUGUAUUCGUUACAAACAACAGACACAUUACGUCACUCACUACAAGACAACAGUCAAGAUUCCUGAUAAAGAUCAAUACCGAUGUUGUCCAGGAUUCAUCCAACAAUCUGGAAUAGAAGGCUGUGUUCCAAAGUCGAACUGUAGUCAAUUUGUGCAGUCCGCAUUCAGUUGCAAAAACGGUGGCCUCUGUUACGAGAACAACGGUGUGGUAAGAUGCAGUUGCCCGGCUGGUUUCACUGGGGUCCAUUGCCAAAUUCAAAUCGACGACUGUGCUUCCGGAACCGGUGACUGCCAAAAGGACUGUGCCUUAAAUCCCAAGUCAAGCUACUGCCGCUGCCCAGCCGGAUACUUCUUAGCUCCAGAUAGACGCCGAUGUCUUGAUAUUGAUGAAUGCAAGUACAACCGUGGCGGGUGCAUGUAUUUUUGUGAAAAUCUACCCGGUGGAUACCGCUGUGCCUGUCCUUCCGAUAUGAUGCUUGCAGCGGACAAAAUAUCCUGUGUACCAUACUUUGAUCCUUGCAAACAUCCGCCCAACGGAGAUUGUGAACACGUUUGCACUACAUUACCAGGCUAUCGUUACGUGUGUUCUUGCAGACCUGGAUACAGACUGGCGGAUGACAAGAAACGGUGUUUACCUCAUGACCCUUGUCAAGAAAAUAACGGUGGAUGUCAACAUGACUGUCGUGUGGUAAACGGUGAGCCUCAUUGCAGCUGCCACGAAGGAUACCAAGUGUCUCCUCAAGAUCCACGGAAAUGUACAGACAUCAACGAAUGCAGUCAGGACAAUGGAGGUUGUCAGCACCAAUGUCGAAACGUAGAUGGCUCCUACAGCUGUGAAUGCAAUCCAGGCUGGCAGCUUGGCAAUGAUGGGAAAACAUGUUACCGUGUUCUACUGGAAGUCACAGAUCCAUGCCAGUUCGGAAAUGGUGGAUGUACGCACAUUUGUCUCCGGACAGACUCCAAUAGUGCGGAAUGCGCCUGUCGCCCGGGCUAUGAUCUGCAAGCCGACGGACGCACAUGCCGAGAUCGUGAUGAAUGUUUGACCGGAGAAGCAGCUUGUUAUGGUCCAGCUGUUGUGUGUGUCAACGAGAUUGGGAGCUACCGCUGCGAAUGCCAAGCUGGAUUUAGACUCUCCGCUGAUGGUCACUCCUGUCAGGACAUUGAUGAAUGCUUGAAUUAUAACGGUGGCUGUCAGCACAAGUGUGUCAAUACUCCGGGAAGCUUCCAGUGUCUUUGUAACCUUGGUGAUGAGCUCAAUCCAGAUGGUUUAACAUGUUCACGAUCCACAAAAUAUAUCCGAGACGAAGGUUUCGAUACCUCCCAAGCGAUUAUCAUGGGCUCACCGGGACAAAAUCGGCGACAAAUAAACGCCAAUACUCGCGUUCAGGAGAGUGGUGUGCAAGUUUUCUCGAGGAAACGUAUUCCGGUAGAUUCAAGUGGACAUCCCUGUCCAGCUGGCAGAUUUGGAGACGACUGUCAACUCACCUGUUCACAUUGCGAAAAUGGUGGACGAUGUAACCGCGAUUUGACAGGCUGUGACUGCCCUUCCGGCUAUCAGGGACUCACCUGUCAUGAUAUGUGCGCACCGAAUCGAUGGGGUUUCGGAUGCCGCGAACUAUGUGACUGUAUGGAGGGCAUCCCGUGUGAUCCAAACUCUGGCAUCUGUAAGUGUCCCGUCGGGCGCCACGGUGACAAAUGCGAGAUCGCAGGUUGUCAACCCGGAUACUGGGGCAGAGACUGUGACCGAAUAUGCCCGGAUCACUGUGCCACCAAUCAAUGCGAACGAGACACCGGCCAGUGCACAUGUGCCCCCGGAACCUAUGGGGCUCAGUGUCAUCUAAGUUGUCCCGAGGGAACUUGGGGUGAAAUGUGCCAAAAGUCCUGUAGUAAAGAAUGCAGAGGAGGAAAAACCAGAGGACUGGUCAGUGUAUAUGUCAGCCCGGUUACCGACCACCAGAAUGUAUACUACCAUGUCCUCGUGGAUACUUUGGGAUGGAUUGUAGACAGACUUGUUUUGAGUGUACAGGAGGAUGUGAUCCCGUCAGUGGGAAAUGUACCAUCCAGUGCCCGCCCGGAAAACAAGGACCUCGAUGUGAACAGGAUUGCGACGAGGGCUACUGGGGUGCCUAUUGUAGUAAACGAUGCCAGUGUGGGAUCGAUUCGAACGGACAGCCUGUCGCAUGUAACCCACGUACGGGCGAAUGUAUCUGUAAAGCCGGCUAUCGGGGUGCAAGAUGUGACAUUCGAUGUGAACCGGGGACCUACGGACCGGGGUGUGAGAAAAAGUGCGAGUGUGGCCUUGGCGCAACAGCUUGUGAUCCUGUUACUGGGUUAUGCCAUUGUGAGGAUGGAACCGUGGGUACCAAAUGUGGUAUGCAAAACGAUCGCUUUGCUUCGAACGAUGAACCAGCCUGUCCACCUGGAAGAUGGGGACCAAAAUGUACAAAUGUCUGUGACUGCGUUCACGGUGUGGAAUGCAAUAAACAGACCGGACUAUGUGUGUGCUUCGCCGGGUACAAUGGGACCAGGUGCGAUGAAAAAUGCCCCCCAGGUAAGUACGGACCGAAUUGUAUUGAAACUUGCGCUUGUCAACAUGGGACGUGUGACCACAUCUCCGGUGCUUGUGAGUGUGAGCCAGGAUGGAGAAAUAUGCAUUGCGACAGACUUUGUGCUCCAGGUUUCUAUGGUCUCGACUGUCAGCACCGGUGUCAGUGUACAAAUGGCGCAGAAUGUGACCCACAAACCGGUGCUUGCCGUUGUGCCGCAGGUUGGCAUGGAACCGCUUGUGAUCGUCCCUGUCCUGAGGGUAGGUAUGGUAAAGGCUGCUCGGAAACCUGUGACUGUGUUGCAGACGUUCCAGGAGUCUCCUGUGACAGAGUUACCGGACACUGUCUUUGUCCACCGGGACGAAUUGGACCCCGUUGUGCAGAUACCUGUCCUGAAGGAUUAUGGGGUGAUGGCUGUGUUCGUACGUGCGCAUGUCUUCGAGCCGCAACCUGUGACCCAUCCACUGGACGAUGCAAGUGUGGUAAUGGAUGGUAUGGAGAGGCGUGUGAACUACCCUGUCCUGAUGGCCGAUGGGGUGAGGAAUGUGUCCGGGAGUGCGAAUGCUCGGUGGAUGGACAUGGAGGCAGAGGUGGUCGUUGUGAUCGCUUCACAGGCACUUGUCAAUGCCCAGAGGGAUACUAUGGACCGAAGUGCCGAGACAGAUGUCCUCCGGGAAAGUAUGGGCCUAACUGCCAGCUCAGCUGCAACUGUCGUCAAGUGGGCGCGGUUUGUGAUGGGGUCACAGGAACCUGCCACUGUCCUCCUGGAUGGACCGGAGCUUCUUGUGAACAGCCAUGUCCAGAUGGAUAUUACGGUGUGGAAUGUAAACAGCGCUGCGCCUGCCCAUCUGAUCGACCCUGCCACCAUGAAACCGGAGCGUGCCGAUGUCCGCCAGCAACUUAUGGACCACAGUUACAACUGCCCUGAAGAUCGGUGGGGUGAGGACUGCGCUAAUAUUUGUGACUGUCAUCAGAAGAACCCCAAUAUGAUCUGUGACCCGGUUGACGGAUCCUGUCACUGCAGACCGGGAUGGCAGGGCCCUAAUUGUGUGAGCCGUUGUCCGGCUGGAUUUUUCGGUAGCAAAUGCCAGUACGAAUGCAAAUGCGAAAAUCAGGGUGUCUGCCAUCCGGAUAAUGGAACGUGUAUAUGUGCACCUGGAUUCUACGGGGAGCGUUGCUCAUUACCUUGUCCCAAUGGCUUUUAUGGUCGCCAAUGCAAACAGCGAUGUGAAUGUAUUCACCGGGAGGCAUGCCAUGGAGUCACCGGACAGUGCUAUUGUGCAGCUGGAUACCGUGGACGACACUGUGAAGAAACUUGUCCACGGGGGAGCUUUGGGCCCGAGUGCAAGUUCGAGUGCCCUGUUUGUAACAUGAAAUCACCCGGAGAAAUCGAAUCCACUGACACUACACUACGACCAAAAGUCGACUGGUCUCAACCCGGAAGCCGACAAGAACUUCGCAUCGGAGUGAGGACCAGUUCGGUGGUAGCAACCAUGUGGCGUCGUCCUGGCGACAUCGGUGACGUGACUUGUCAUCCACAGACUGGUGAGUGUCCUUGUCCACCUGGGACACACGGACCCGGGUGUGAAGCCAAGUGUCCUUCGGGAAGAUUCGGACCCAGAUGCUCACAGGUCUGCACUUGUCCGCAAGGUGCCACUUGUUCGCCGGUGACUGGAUCGUGUGAAUGUCCCGCCGGAUAUUACGGACCCCUGUGCCAGUACACAUGCCCCCCAGGUUACUAUGGCAAAGGGUGUGCUCAAGUUUGUGAUUGUUACAACACUCAGCCAUCUGUAUGUGACACAGUUACUGGAGUGUGUCAUUGCAAGCCUGGCUACAUGGGUGACCGUUGUGAACAGAUUUGCCCUCAAGGUUACCACGGUGAAAUGUGCGCCAAGGCUUGCCACCAAUGUGAACACUGCCAUUUCGAGACUGGACAGUGUCUGUGUGAACUGGGCAAGGAGGGCGAAACGUGCGGUGGCACUUGUCCAAACGGUCAAUUCGGGGCACAGUGCUCAGAAACAUGCAAUUGCCGCAACGGUGCUACUUGCUUGCCUUCAACUGGCAUGUGCCAAUGUCCAUCGUGGCUAAUUGGGCCAGAUUGUGGGCUUCAGGCUGAGUGCCCUUUUCGUACUCGGAAAGUUGUGGCGAGAUGGCCCAAGUGGUUGUUAGAGGGCGGAUUUGCUGACCGGAAGGGCUGUGGUUCGAACCCGACCUCUGCCUCUCGACUUCCCCUGUCUAGGCUUGGGCAACCUGGCAGAAUCCCAGCCCUCGUGCUUCCUUCGGGUAGCACGGCAUCGAAAGGGUGCUACAGCUGA